CAACCCUUCAAUCAAUCCAACUUUCUACAACGCCGCGCGCAUUCAUAUUUUAUUUUUUCUAAUUGAUCUUCAACCCGUCUCGAUUCCUAUCGAUCUCAUGACGACAUGCGCAUUACAACCCCAAUCGUCGAGUCAUCAUGCACAUCAUUAAGCCAUCAUGGCUGAGCCAUAAAGGCGAGCAGAAGGACUUCGAGGUUUACAGUUGCCAUAUAUCGCCCGACGGAAAGAGACUUGCGACCGCCGGUGGAGAUGGCCAUGUUCGAGUUUGGUCGACAGAAUCAAUCUACAAUUCCGAUGACCCUUCCUACACGAAACCGAGGCAGCUUUGCCAUAUGAGCCAUCAUCUCGGUACUAUCCACUCCGUACGAUUCUCUCCGAACGGUCGCUAUCUUGCGUCUGGCGCAGACGACAAGAUUAUAUGUAUUUACCAACUCGAGAGUGGUCCCCCGACAAUCGCUCCAUUCGGAACGAACGAGCCGCCCCCGGUCGAGAAUUGGAAAACAUCAAAGCGAUUAAUAGGCCAUGAUAAUGAUGUCCAAGAUCUGGCGUGGUCUUACGAUGGCUCUAUACUCGUAUCCGUGGGAUUGGAUUCCAAAGUCGUUAUCUGGUCAGGCCAUACCUUCGAAAAGCUCAAGGUACUAGGAAAUCACCAGAGCCAUGUUAAGGGAAUCACUUUCGAUCCUGCGAACAAGUUCUUUGCUACUGCUAGCGACGAUCGAUCCAUUAAGAUUUUCCGUUUCACACCACCGGCACCUAACGCGACUCAACACGAUAUGGUGAACAACUUCCAGCUGGAAACAACUAUUAGCGCUCCCUUCAAGUCGUCGCCCUUAACUACAUACUUCAGAAGAUGUUCGUGGUCACCGGAUGGCAAUCACAUCGCUGCGGCCAAUGCGGUCAACGGACCUGUUAGCUCAGUUGCUAUAAUAGAGCGAUCGAGAUGGGACAGCGAGAUCAAUUUGAUCGGCCACGAGGGUCCAACAGAAGUCUGCAUGUUUUCUCCUAGGCUGUUUCAUACGAAAAAGCCCUUGGAGAAUGGCGCGGUUAAUGGCCACUCUGGAGGAGCCUUGGUAACAGUGAUAGCAUCGGCUGGUCAAGACAAAACCUUGAGUGUCUGGAAUACGAAUACGUCGCGGCCCGUGGUAAUCCUACAGGACUUGGCGGCAAAGUCGAUAUCCGAUCUGGCGUGGACCCCCGAUGGGCAAAUCUUAUUCGCGUCGAGCCUUGAUGGCGGUAUCGUUGCGGUCAAGUUCGAGACUGGAGAAUUGGGUUGGGUAGCUAAUUUGGAGGAGACCGAUAAGGCUCUUUCCAAGUAUGGAGCUUCGAGAAAAGCUAUGGGUAUUGCUGAAGAUGUCGAUGGACUUCAGCUAGAAAACCACAGCAAAGAAGGGGAGCGGAAAGGUGCUGAAUCUAGAAUGGGAGCUCUUAUGGGUGACUUUCACCCGCUUCCGAAAGAUACACCACCGACUACUAAUGGAGUCAAAAACGCCGCCACAACCCCAAAUGCUCCAUCGACUAAUGGACAAACAACAGAACCUCAGCCUGAUAAGGAAAAGGAUGCUCCUGCGGAGGAAUCAGCCGAUAAAAAUAUUCAACGGGUGAAUGAAUUGAAGUCACGUGUAACAAUCACUAAGGACGGAAAGAAAAGAGUCGCACCAAUGCUCAUCUCGUCAUCUGGAACCGGCCAAUCAUCCCUUCCCCAAAGUCAAUUGGUUGGUUCUAGCUCUUCGAAAGCUGCACAAAACGAUGCGCCUCAAACGAUCUUGGACCUUUCGAAACCAUACGAUGGUCUACCCGAAGGUGGUCUGGCGGCUAUGCUACUUGGCAAUAAGAGAAAAACAAUUGCGACAGAGACCGAGGACGACGAAGAGCAUCCGAACAAAAAAGCCGCCAGUGGGCCUAGGGCUAUAAUGAGAAAUGGUGUUGAAGGUGCUGAGCCCGCAGCACUCGAACCUCCGAAAGGGGGCCUAGUACCCACCCCUGAAUAUUUACGACCAGCAAUCCUUAACCCUUCAAUCGCAGUCUCCCAAGUUCGUUUAGCGGUGCCCAAAGUAAGAUCCCAUAUACUACGUCCACUAGAGCGCGGUGUUUUGCUAGAAGACAGCAACCCAGACGAAGCAUCAAAGGUUCCCGAGAAUAUCAUCUUAGAGGCUAAGAACCCCGUAUCAAUUCGAGAUCCGUCACAUAUCACGGCUACGAAACGCGGUACUCUGCUCUGGCAGGAUUACCUGCCUCGUGCUAUCAUUCUAGUAACUGGUAGUAAGAGAUUCUGGGCUGCAGCAUGUGAGGAUGGCAGCCUGUAUACAUGGAGUCCAGCAGGACGCCGACUGAUAAACGCCUUGGUCUUGGAGUCUCAACCGGUAAUCCUGGAAUGCCGCGAUUGGUGGUUGCUUUGCAUCACAGCGGUUGGCAUGUGCCACGUAUGGAAUAUUAACACACUUUCAUCACCUCACCCUCCCGUUUCACUUGGCCCUGUUCUGGAAAUCGCUACCAGCUCUCUUCAGAUGCAUAGUGCGAUGCCAGGCCCCGGCGUCACUUCAGCACAUCUAAACUCCAAUGGCCAUAUUGUUGUUACUCUUACUAACGGCGACGGAUAUUACUAUUCUCCAACCAUGUACUCUUGGCAACGACUCUCCGAAUCAUGGUGGGCUGUGGGCAGCCAAUACUGGAACAGUAACGAUUCUUCGGUUGGAGCCUUACAGACCACAGCUGUCGGCGCUGUGACCCCCAAGGACAGCCAGAGUGACGGCGCGACUGUUUCGGCUGGCAUAAUUCCUUUCCUAGAACGACACACGACUAACGAAUUCCUUCUAAAGGGAAGAGCAUACACAUUACAACGCUUGAUCAAGACUCUACUUUCGAGAGAUGGUUUUGAGACAUUCGAGUCUAGCGUCAGUAUUGCUCACCUAGAGAACCGUAUCGCCGGUGCCUUGCAAUUGGGCUCGAAAGAAGAGUUCCGAUUAUACCUAUUUAUGUAUGCUAAACGAAUCGGCGCAGAGGGACAUAGAGGAAAGGUGGAAGAACUACUUAAUAGUUUGCUUGGCGGUGUAUUACAAGACAAAAAGGGAGAGGGCGAUAUGGUGGGUAAAGGAUGGUACAGUAAAGAGGACGACAUCUGCGGCUGGGACAGGAAGGAGCUUCUGAAAGGGGUCGUGAUGAUUCUAGGGAAGUUUAGGGAACUUCAACGUCUAACUGUACAAUACGCACGGGUUCUCGACCUCACGCUUGAGGACGAUAUUAGCGGCGACACGAUGACGGUUGAUACAUAAUGGGUUCGUUCUCACUACGGGCGAGGAGUUGCUGGAUACCUUAAGGUGGCGUUUGUUCUUAAUUGAUAUCAGGUGGCAAACGAAAGGCGUAGUAGGUACCAGCCCAACACGAUGCCUUUAGUUAACCUGAUAGCAAGUUGUACCAUAGCUAGGUAGCUUUGAAACCACGAUCGCGUCUGGAUUCAGCAUCUGAAUGAUGAUUAAGUCUACCUAAG